AUGAUCCGCAGAGGCACAAAUGUGAAGGUCACCCCUUCCGCCCCAAGGACGCUGGGAUCCCGCAGCCACACCGCACCCCAGCUACAGAAGGGGCUGCGGCCCCUUCCACCUCCGGACCCGGAACUGUUCCCAGCGCCCCUCUCCAAUGCGCCCUGGGCGCGCAGCCCGAGUCCUCCGAGCCCCCCGCGCCGGCCGCCGGCCGCCAACCCCCUCCGGGGCGCGCGGUGCCAGGCCCGCUCUGGUGCCCGCCAGGCGCGGUGUCUGCGGCGCGCGCGGCUGGGGGGUUCCGCGCCCACGGCGGCCCCGGUGGCGUCUCCCUCCUCGGCCCCUGGCGGCGGCGGCGGGCGGGGCGUCUGCACAGACCCUCCUUGUGUGAGGCGCCUUCCCCGGGCGGCCUGGCGCGCAGGGCCCGGGCACCGCGCCAGAGCCGGGAAUAGCUUCCCUGCCAGGCCGCCCGCCCCACGGCCGCGGAGCCGCCUGACCUGCCCGGCCGGGGCCGCGCGGCGCGGAGCCCGGGUGCGUGCUCAGAUGCACGGGCCGCGGCUGGAGCCCGGAGCUGCUGUGUGCAGCCGCAUCUCCCAUGAGGAGCCCUGCUGUGUAGAGCCCGCACCCGGAUGCGUGCAGGACCCACUGCGUGCAGACACUGCGCAGAGGCAGCCACGCUCUCCUAAGGGCCGAGUCUACGCGAGCCCCCAACGCGCGCACCCCCACAUUCUACCACUUACCCCAGACAUUUCCAAGGUCAAAUGCUCACACAGCUGGGAGAGGCUUCCGGCUGGGCCCCACCUGCCCCGGCGCUCUCGGAAGAUGGGCGGGGCUGGCAGCCCGACCAGCCGGCACAGGACCCGGAUGGACCCACUCACCGCCGGACUACCCCCCCAGCAGCCACCGGCCCCCUGCACUCCCGAGUCCCCUCCCUGUCUCCGGAGUCGCCUGUCCUGGGCGUUUCCUGUCCGUGGAGCCCACGCCGGGUCGCCUGUGUCUGGUGUCCUGUGUGUCUGUCAGGCUUCCCCCUCCUUCAGCCUUUCUGGACAGACCUCCCCAGCGCGCUGGACCCGGCCGUGGCCUCCGCUUCUGGUGGUGCCACCCCGAGCCGCCCGGGGCACCUCCACGCCGGCUCUCCUGGUGGGCACGGCGGGCGGUGCAGGGUUAUCACAGGCCCGGCCCCCUGCCGCCCCCAGCGCCCUGCGCUCUCCCGGCGCCCCGCAGGCUCGCGCUGCGCCCCGGCUCCACCCGGCCCGGGAGGCUGCCGCGGGGCCCGCAGCCCAGACGGGCCGCCGCAGACGAGGAUGUUUCAUCUUUCCAGCCGGGCGUCUGGUGCUGGCGGUAAUUAGCUCCCAGACUGCAGCGGAGACGGAGUCCCGCGCCCACAGGCCCCGGCACCUGCACAGCGAGCGUGUGUGCGUGUGCACGUGUGUGUGUGCGCGUGUGCGUGUGCGUGCCCAGGAGCUGCAGGCUCAGCCCGAGCUCCCACUCCAGCGCCCUGCACGCGGGACCGUGUCCACAGCUUGCAGCCUGCACACGCGCGCCCGGGCCUCGUGCGCGCCUCCACGCAGAGCGUGCGUGCGCGGGGGUCUGUGGGCCUCUGGGCACGAGCGCGCGGGUGGCGGGAGCCAACGGCGCAGGCGCGCGCUCCGGGCCGGCGUGGGGGUGGGCGGCCCCGCCCUCCCCGGAAGCCUGCGGCGGCGGGGCGCUGGCGUCACGGGUUUCCUCCGGCGCGCGGGGGCCGGGAUUCCCUGGCGCAGGAACGCCCGUGACGGCGGCGCCCGCGCGGGGAGCCGGGCCGGGAUGCGCUGACGUCAGCCCGAAGCUGCUGGAGCCCGCGGAGGUGGAGGGGAACUUGGAGAAAAAGGAGCUUAUUUUUUUUCCUCUCAAACAGGAGGCUGAACUCGGGCCUCCGCCUUGAGCUACGUCCCCAGCCCUCGCUGAGACAGGGUCUUGCUAAACUGCCCAGGCUGGCUUUGGAUUUGAGAUCUUGUUGUCUCGGCCUCCCAGAGUGCUGGGAUGAGGAUGAUGAUACUGUAAUUUAUUUCCACUGGGUCUGGAGAAAAUGCCCGGGCUGGGCUGGAAUUUGCAGUCCUCCUGCCUCAGAGUCCGGGACAGAGUGCUGGCAUGCCAGGCGCGUGGCAUCACACCUGGCCACUCCCUCUCGGCUACCCUAUAGAGGCUCAGAGGGGGCCUGUGGGUGGCUGUCCUGAUGCCACCCAGCAAGCCGGGCGCCCAGGCCCGAUCUGUCCAUAUGGUGGGUCCCAGCCCAUCGCUGGUGUCUGUGGUGGCCAGGGGCGGUGCCGCAGCGGAGGAGCCAGGGCGUCCAGCCUGCCGGCCGGGGUGUGCCCAGCUUGCCUUCCUGAGGACACCGAGGCGAGCAGUUUCUAAAUAUAGCCUGGGAGUAGGCGACAGCUAUUUUUAGCUUGAGUGGCUGGGUCCUCCCAGUGCCCAGGUCAGCAGUCCUGGGGCCGGGAUCCUGGGGAGGAGGAGGGGGUGCCCGUUCCAGGUCCCUGCACCCUCCCGAGGGGGAGGGCGGCCACUCCGACCUGCUGCACCCUCCAGCCCUGGGACUGUGGGGGGGAGUGUUGAGGGGCAGGGGUCCCCGCCGCUGGCCACCUUGUCUCAAAUCCCGCCCCUCUCUAGCUGCUGCCCAGCUCAGGCCUUCAUGGGGCCUGGGGGUGCUUUCUAUUUUGGGAAGCUACUGCAACCAGUGCCCUGGCUAUUUUUAGCAUCUUUGGUGAGUCCUCCAGUCGGGCUGGCCGCCCUGCCUCCUCCUCCUCCUUCACCCACGCGAGUCUCCCAAGGAAAGAAAGGGCAGGGACCCCACCUCUCAGAGUGGGGAGGCCCCGUGUCUCCUGGUUGUGGAGGGAAGUUUUCAAAGGCGCCUCAAGUUCCGGAUGAGCUGGCCUUUCUGGAAUCCUGUCACCCCACACCUGAAUGCCUUCUGCCGGUGGGGUGGGGCUCCCUGACUGACCUUUCCCCUCCUUUCCAGGCUGUCACGCUGGCCUCCGCUCUGCUGAGAGCGGAUCUUGAGUUCCACACCCCUUGGUAGGUCUGGAAACCAGAUGCCCAAAAUCAGCCUUCCAGGCCUAAAAUCCAAGGUACAGGGGCAGGGCUGCUCCUCCAGAAGCUCUGGGGAGAAACCGGGUCCCUACUCCAGCUCCUAGAGGCACCAGCAGCCCUCGGCUUGCAGCCCCCUCCUCCAUGUGCAGGGCCUGCAGAACGGCCUCUCAUCCUCCCGCCCCUGCUCGGCGAGACUUGGGGGGCCCUGACACCGAGUUCCCUGUGUACUCUGGGACAGUCUUAUCCCAGGACUAUUAAUUCCCUGUGCUAAGUCUGUGGAACUCUGCCAGGCCGAACGGACUUGACAGGGACAUCUCUGAGGCCGUUGUUUGGCCUCCGACGACAUCACUUCUUACCAGACUUUGCUGGGCCCGGGACUGUGGGGGUCCCUCAAGCACAAAGCCAUCAUUGGUAUCGAUCAUGUGGUCCCAGUGCUAAGUGCUUAUAAAUGGGAUUGCCACAUGCAACACAAGAUUCUGGAUUAAAUUCGAGUUUUAGAUAAACCGCUAAUAAUUUUAGCAUGCCUAGGUGUCAUGUGAUGUUUAGAGCAUAUUCAUAAUAAAAACGUUCUAGUUCGUCUCAUUGGAUUGUUGAGUCAUACUAAAAAAUAGCUGUAUAGUAUUCCCUUGGGUGACUAGGCCACAAGUUCCAAUUUGUCAUGGAAGGAAUUUAACCAGAGGUGACAAGCUGCUGUGCUAAGAUCUCACUGACAGCUAGAGAAGGAUGGGUACAGACCGACACGCCUUACCCCUUAGCGCUUCAACUGGUCCCUUUAUCUAACCUGGGAUGCAAGGGCUCUUGAUAAGAAGUCCUGCCGGAAGCUGUGUGUUUGCGCAUGCGUAUAGUGUGAGGCGUCCUUAAGUACUCGGCCAAUCAGAGGCUUAGGAGCAGGGUUUGAGGCCUUGUGGGUCCGCCUUGCUCUGUAGCCAUAUGUGGGCGGAGCCUCGCGAUGGGCGGGGCCUCACUCAGGCUCACCCUGGUGGUCCAGGUUAGGGACCCACAGUUGUGAGGGACAGAUCUGGGGAGCAGGUCCUGGCCUCCCUGGCAACCAUGCUCCCUCCUAGAAACCGUGGGCGAAGUGUGAAGCCACUCAGGCCCAGCCCUAACCUCCAAGCCUGUCGGUCCCCUGUCACUCUGACCCCUGAACCUGUCCCCAGAUGGUGACCGAGGUUGGCACCCAGCAGCGGGUUGGAGAGGCCGGGAAGCGUGGCCCAGCCAGGCUCUGCACAGAAAGGGGCCGGAGCCUGAGGCCUGGGCCAUCUGGUUUCCGGGACAGCAGGCAGGAUGUGUUUGUGGGGGGCAGCGGGCUGUAAGACAGCUGUCACCCCGAAGGGAACGGCCAGAAACGCAGGGGAACCCUCAGGCCGACCAGAGGGGAAGUGGGUCGGCUCCUGCGGGACCAGGAAACGGAGCCGAGUCACCGGAAGCACAGACCUCAGUGGGUGGCACACUUGGCCGCUCCUGUCCCUUUGCAGAGGCACCGCAUUGUCCCUUUUGGAGCGAUUUCCAGGGCCGGCAGCCCACCCUCCAGCCCCUGCCAUCGCAGUGGGGGGCGCUGCGCGAGCGGCCGCAGUCUUAGAGACCCCAGCGCUGUUCCUCAGGGCUGGCCCGAGGGGCUGCUAAGGAGGAGGCCGAGAGAUGCACAGCACACCCUCCCUCCGCCCCGGGUGGCUGCCCAGAGGAGGCCAGGGUGGUGGUGGUGGGAUUCCAGCCUUUCCUGGAGCACCUAAGGUUUGCCUCAGGUGACGCUGAGUUUGGUUUUUAAUUUUUUGUGUGUUUAUGGUACCGGAACUGAACCCACAGCCUUUGCAUGGAGCAUCAUUCCCAGCUCCCCCCCUCCCUUUUUUUUUUAGUUUUGAGAUAGGGUGUCACUGCAUUGCUAUGCUGCCCAGGCUGGGCUUGAACGGGAGAUCCUCCUGCCCCGGCCUCCCCGAGUGCUGGGAUGACAGGUGUGUGUUACCACAUCCAGCCUCCGAAUCCUUUUCUUGUUUGACUCAGGUAAAGGGCAGGUUGCUGCUUGUGGUCCCCCCACCCCCGCACCCCAAAAGAGGCUGCUGCUGGCGCCAGCCUCAGGUCCCGAGGGGGCCCCCAUACACGGUUAUGUGGUGACCUGCUACCAGCUGAAGGUACUUUGGCUUGGGUUCAGAGGACUCUUAGGCCUACUCUGUAAUUUUGCCUUUUGCAUAAUGUCCCGUAGCUGGAGUGGUCGCCUUUGGAGACUGACGGCUCCCGGUGCCUGGGGUUCUCUUUUAUCCCUUGGCAUGUGACCUAUGUACUCCACCCUCUUGUCCCUACGCCAUGGCCUCCUCUGCCUCUGUCCCUCCUGUCCCCCUCAUAAAGACCCUGCAGUUACACUGGCCACCUCAGAUAGCCCACGAUAACCUCCCAUCUCAA